AUGUCAAUCAUCCACACCCUCCUCCCCUGCUUCAGCGCCCGUCGCAAGUCCACCACAGCCAGCUACGCCAGCAACCCUCCCAAAGAACCCUUCACCCUAGCCACCCAAGCAACCACCAUCCUCCUCACCACCGAAGACCCCAAUCUUAUUCGCAAGCAACUCUCGGAUCUGAUCACUACCCCCGGCUGGACCGAGGCCCUCGCCCAAAGCAUUCUACACGCCGUCGAAGAUGCCAUCAAGGGCGCCGCAAAGAUGGCCCAGCCGGCUGCCGACGCACUCACCCGAGCAAUGCACGAGGCCUACGACUUCGUGCAUGACCACCCGGUCUAUACGACGAUUCUGGCGCUUGGGGUAUUGGUUAUCCUGGCGCCGUGGGUACUGGAGGUGCUGGGGUUUGCGGAGUUGGGGCUCCUGGAAGGCAGUUUUGCCGCUUGGUGGCAGAGAAUGUAUGCGGGGUAUGUGUCGAAGGGGUCGCUGCUUUCGUUUUUGCAGCGGUUGGGGAUGAUCUGGAGGGUUUAG